UCUACUUUAUUACUUCAAAUUUGUAAUUUGUGUAUGAAAAUUAAUUAGAAUAUACUAUAAUUUAUCAACAUACAGAGUCAUUUAAUAAAUAUUUUUUAGAAAACGGACAUUAAAAUCCAAAAUCAAUGUACAUUAGAAGAAAUACAGCAGUUAAAUACUGCUUGGGGAUCGCGUUAGGGGCAAUUUUAUAUGGUGAAGUGAUCGUGUACUAUAUCCAAGCACUCCAAUGGCAGAAUUUACAAUGCCAAGUAGGAGACAAAACUUGUACGAAGAUACUUUUCAUCGCCGAUCCACAGAUACAGGGUGAAUUAGCGGUGCCGCCGCCUUUGAGCUACCUUUUUAACUGGGAUAGUGACAGAUUUGUACAGAUGACAUUUUCAAGAGUUGUCCGUCAUUUUGAACCAGAAGUUUUGGUGUAUCUCGGAGACCUUAUGGAUGAAGGAUCCAUAGCUGACACAGAACAAUAUUCGCACUAUAUCAAAAGGCUAUCUGAUAUAUUUGAUAAUAUACCUUAUCCUGUACAUCAAAUCUGGGUACCAGGAGACAAUGACAUUGGAGGAGAGAAUGAGCCGAUCAAGUGGGAUAAGGUGAAGUUGUUCCAUAAGGUGUUUGCUCAGCCACCUAUAGUGGCGGUUAAAGACAUAUCAUUCUACAGGAUAAACGCCAUCACGCAUGCGUUCCCCAAACUGCCCGAGAACGAGACAGACGAUAAUUUCAAGAUAGCUGUCUCGCACUAUCCACUGCUAAUACGGCAUGCCUUUAUUGCAGAGGUAAGCAAGCACGUCCACUUAGACGUAUACUUCUGCGCACACGACCACGAAUCUAAAUACACGACGCAAACGCAAAGAUUCGAACAAAGCAAGAUGCAUCAGUUCUACGGAAACGAAAUACUGGACAUUGGGUUUGGGGGGGAUGUGUAUGAGAUAUAUGUCCCGACCUGUUCGUAUAGGAUGGGGACGAGCAAGAUUGGAUAUGGUGCGGCGGUUUUAGAUUACAACAACACCCGCUUGCGCUACACCGUGUUCUGGUCGCCGCAGCGUUUCAUCUACCUCUUCGGAUAUCUUGUUCUCCUGGUACUGGGCAUUGCUUACACAGCGGCUUGCAUAGUAAAACUGUUCUGCCAGUGGUAUUGUAGGAGUAUAAGUUUACCCAUGUAUAGCAAGCUUUAGCGGUGUCAUGUACCGUGUUAACCUACCUCCAUGGACAAACGAAUAUACUUAUAUGUAAUUAUUAAGGAUAUGAUGGAAAAUUAAGGUUCCCGCAGUUGGGUAAGGUAACAAAAUUCCGGUGUGACCUGUUAUUCGCAUCACAUUUACCUUUUUUAGGGUUCCGUACCCAAAGGGUAAAACGGGACCCUAUUACUAAGACUUCGCUGUCCGUCUGUCACCAGGCUGUAUCUCACGAACCGUGAUAGCUAGACAGUUGAAAUUUUCACAGAUGAUGUAUUUCUGUUGCCGCUAUAACAACAAAUACUAAAAACAGAAUAAAAUAAAGAUUUAAGUGUGGCUCCCAUACAGCAAACGUGAUUUUUGACCAAAGUUAAGCAACGUCGGGCGUGGCUUGGAUGGGUGACCGUUUUCUUUUUGCAUUUUUUUCCGUUUUUUUUUGCUUUAUGGUACGGAACCCUUCGUGCGCGAGUCCGAUUCGCACUUGCCCGGUUUUUUAGUUUCUAACAUGAUAGAAAUUAAAUUGAGCAUGUAAAAUUGUAGAUGACAGAGUUUUUUUUUAUAAUUUAUAUUGUUAAUAAUUUCUUAUACUUUUGGGAUUCAUUGUCAAGCGAACCCCAGGCUCCGUGAGCCGUGGUAAAAAGCCGGAACAACGUUAGUAAGAUAUGAUACUUGUUGUGUUAAUUUAUUUAAGACAAUACGAAUUUUAAUAUUGAGAGCUUGCCCCAUCCAUAGUUAUUGUUAUACUGUAGUGUUAAAGAUAAAUU